ACUGAUAUCCCGGAGCGGGAAGCGGCGAACCUCUGGGUGAGGUAUAGUCGUGCGACCGGGCUCGUGGUUUGAAGCUUCUUUCUCCGGAAGAGUGUUGUGGGAGCUGGGAUUCUGCGUGGGGUCGGGAUUCUACUUCGCGAGGCAAGAUGCUCAAAUCCAAGACGUUCUUGAAAAAGACCCGGGCGGGCGGCGUCAUGAAGAUCGUACGCGAGCACUACCUGAGGGAUGACAUAGGCUGCGGAGCGCCUGGGUGCGCGGCGUGCGGCGGGGCGCACGGUGGACCGGCUUUGGAGCCUCUGCCCCAGGACCCCGCGAGCAGUCUCUGGCCGCGGCCGCACUACUUGCUGCCCGACACCAACGUUUUACUGCAUCAGAUUGAUGUUCUUGAGGACCCAGCCAUCAGGAAUGUAAUUGUACUACAAACGGUUCUCCAAGAAGUGAGAAAUAGGAGUGCUCCUGUAUAUAAAAGAAUCCGGGAUGUGACUAAUAACCAGGAAAAGCAUUUUUAUACAUUCACUAAUGAGCACCAUAGAGAAACCUAUGUAGAACAAGAACAGGGAGAAAAUGCUAAUGACAGAAAUGAUAGAGCCAUUCGAGUAGCAGCAAAAUGGUACAAUGAACAUUUGAAGAAAAUGUCAGCAGAAAAUCAGCUACAAGUUAUCUUUAUAACCAAUGACAGGAAAAACAAAGAGAAAGCUGUUGAAGAAGGAAUACCAGCUUUCACCUGUGAAGAAUAUGUAAAGAGCCUCACUGCUAACCCUGAACUCAUAGAUCGUCUUGCUUGUUUAUCUGAAGAAGGGAAAGAAAUAGAAAGUGGGAAAAUUAUAUUUUCAGAGCAUCUUCCCCUAAGUAAGCUACAACAAGGCAUAAAAUCUGGUAUAUACCUUCAAGGAACAUUUAGAGCUAGCAGGGAAAAUUAUUUAGAAGCUACUGUAUGGAUUCAUGGAGACACUGAAGAAAAUAAAGAGAUAAUCUUACAAGGACUUAAACAUUUAAAUCGAGCUGUUCAUGAAGAUAUUGUAGCUGUUGAGCUUUUUCCUAAGAGUCAGUGGGUGGCACCAUCUUCUGUGGUUUUACAAGAUGAAGGGCAAAAUGAAGACAAUGUGGAAAAAGAAGAGGAGAGAGAACGAAUGCUUAAGACUGCUGUAAAUGAAAAAAUGUUAAAGCCUACAGGUAGAGUUGUAGGAAUAAUAAAAAGGAAUUGGAGACCAUAUUGUGGCAUGCUUUCCAAGUCUGAUAUUAAGGAGUCUAGAAGACAUCUCUUUACACCAGCUGAUAAGAGAAUCCCUCGAAUUCGGAUAGAAACAAGACAGGCUUCUACAUUAGAAGGACGGAGAAUUAUUGUUGCUAUUGAUGGAUGGCCCAGAAAUUCCAGAUAUCCAAAUGGACACUUUGUAAGAAAUUUAGGUGAUGUUGGAGAGAAGGAGACGGAAACAGAAGUUUUAUUACUUGAGCAUGAUGUUCCUCAUCAGCCCUUUUCCCAGGCUGUUCUUAGCUUUCUGCCAAAGAUGCCCUGGAGCAUUACUGAAAAAGACAUGAAAAACCGGGAAGACCUGAGGCAUCUGUGUGUGUGUAGUGUGGACCCACCAGGAUGUACUGAUAUAGAUGAUGCUCUACAUUGUAGAGAACUCAAAAAUGGAAACUUGGAGGUUGGUGUUCAUAUUGCUGAUGUUAGCCAUUUUAUUAGGCCAGGAAAUGCCUUAGAUCAAGAAUCAGCCAGGAGAGGAACAACGGUUUAUCUUUGUGAAAAGAGGAUUGACAUGGUUCCAGAGUUGCUUAGCUCUAACUUAUGUUCCUUAAGGUGUAAUGUUGACAGGCUGGCAUUUUCAUGUAUUUGGGAAAUGAAUCGCAAUGCUGAAAUUUUAAAAACGAGAUUUACCAAAAGUGUAAUUAAUUCAAAGGCUUCUCUUACUUACGCUGAAGCUCAAAUGAGAAUUGAUUCAGCAACCGUGAAUGAUGAUAUUACCAUUAGUCUCCGUGGACUAAAUAAACUAGCUAAAAUUCUGAAAAAAGGAAGAAUUGAAAAGGGGGCUUUGACUCUUUCUUCCCCAGAAAUUCGAUUCCACAUGGACAGUGAAACUCAUGAUCCUAUAGACUUACAAACCAAGGAACUUAGGGAAACAAAUUCCAUGGUGGAAGAAUUCAUGUUACUGGCUAAUAUCUCUGUUGCAAAAAAAAUUCAUGAAGAAUUUUCUGAACAUGCUUUGCUUCGAAAACAUCCUGCUCCACCUCCAUCAAAUUAUGAAAUUCUUGUUAAGGCAGCUAAGUCCAAAAAUUUGGAAAUUAAAACUGAUACAGCCAAGUCUUUGGCUCAGUCUUUGGACCAGGCUGAAUCUCCUGCUUUUCCAUAUCUAAAUACUCUGUUGAGAAUAUUAGCCACUCGCUGUAUGAUGCAAGCUGUAUACUUCUGUUCUGGAAUGGAUAAUGAUUUUCAUCACUAUGGUUUAGCAUCCCCAAUAUACACACAUUUUACUUCUCCCAUCAGAAGGUAUGCAGACAUCAUUGUUCAUCGACUGUUGGCUGUGGCUAUUGGGGCUGACUGUACUUAUCCAGAGUUGACAGAUAAACACAAGCUUGCUGAUAUAUGUAAAAAUCUUAAUUUCCGGCACAAGAUGGCUCAGUAUGCUCAACGUGCAUCAGUGGCUUUUCAUACCCAGUUAUUUUUCAAAAGCAAAGGAAUAGUAAGUGAAGAGGCCUAUAUUCUAUUUGUAAGAAAGAAUGCUAUUGUGGUAUUAAUUCCAAAGUACGGUUUAGAAGGUACAGUUUUUUUUGAAGAAAAGGACAAACCAAAGCCACAUCUUAUUUAUGACGAUGAGAUACCAUCACUUAAAAUAGAAGGCAUAGUGUUCCACGUGUUUGAUAAAGUGAAAGUGAAAAUCAUGUUAGACUCAUCUAAUCUUCAGCAUCAAAAAAUCCGAAUGGCCCUGGUAGAACCACAGAUACCAGGAAUAAGCAUUCCUACUGAUUCUUCAAAUGCCGACCUUAAUGAACCAGAGAAAAAGAAGAAGAAACUUGAAAAAUAACUAGUCAUUCAACAAAAAAAAAAUCAAACACAAGUUUCCUUCAAAAAAAAAAUUGAGAAUACUUCUAAGCCUAAGUGUGUGAUAGUUUGUUACCAAACGUACAUUUUAAUACUUUUAGAAAUUUGCAUAUUUAUUGAACUGUUGACUGUAUCUGUCUUAUACUACUUCAUUUCUAGAUUGAACAGAACUAUUUAUGCAGAAAAAUUCAAUUGAAUAUCCAUCACUGAAAUAGUGACAGGAUAGCAACUUCAGAGAUCUGUAAAGAUCAUUUAAAUUGAGCAGUCAUCUGCUCAUUGAAAAGCAGAUUAAUUUUGCAUAAGUACUUUGAUUAUUUAAUAUUGGUAGGGAAAAAAUCUAUCAUUUUCCUACAGAGGAAAAUAGAACAUUUUUAGAAGCAAAUAACAAUCCUUUCUAAGUCUUGAAAGCUGUCAGUGUUUGAUAUACAAUACCUUUGCCAUUUUAAUUUACCUAAUUUAGGUUAAGUGUGUAGUAAAUAAAGUCUCCUGCAUUUCAUCCAUCCUUGAACAGCCGUGAAUAUUUGGAAACUGGUAAAAAGACAAGAAACAGAAUGUGACUAGGAAAAUAGUUUUUUGUUGCCAAGUAAUAUGUGAUCAUUAUCCUUGACCUUCAAUGUCUCGCCAGAAUAAGGCAUUUGAGGUUAGGGGUGGUACUUUAGAUGUCUAUGUCUGCUUAUAAAAAAGACAAUAGUUUUUAAAUUACAUUUGUAUCAGAUGAUAUAGGAGGGGGGCUUUUAUGAAGGACGUUAAAAGGAAUAAAAAUAAGUUGUAUUACUUGGUGUCCCAUUUACUAUUCCCCAUGCUAAUCACAGACUGUUAAUGACUAAAAUGGUGUUUUUAGUAAUAUUUUGGGAAAGGGUUGCCUUAAAUAAUUUUACUUUGCUUAUGCAAUUAAGUACUUUGCUUGACUGGUGAUAAACCUGGUACAGCAUAACUCUUCCUACCUUCAAGGAAUUUGCACUUCAUUGAAAAGACUGGCAAAUAAACUAGCAGAUCAAUCAAUUGGGUAUAAUACAGUAUUUACAAUCAUAUAGGCACUCAGUAACGGUUGAAUGAUCUUUUCAGUUUCCUGUUACUGAGGAAAUUAUCUAUUCAUUGGGGCAGAAUUUGUUUCAUUUAGUUGAAAGAAGUCAGCUUUGAAGUUUUGCUCAAGUAAAUGGAUCAUUUACAUCCUGACGUUAGGGCAGGAGUCAGUAAGCCUUUUCUGAAAGGGCCAGAACAUUUUAGACUUUGUUGGCUUAUAACUACAACUGUGACACUCAACUUGAGUACUAUUACAGUGCAUAAGCAACCAUAGACAAUAGGUGAACAAAUAAGCACAGCUGUUUUCCAACAAAGCUUUGCUUAUUGGACAUGGAAAGUUUCAUAAAAUUUCAUGUGUCACAAAGCAUAUUCAUUGAUUUCCCUCCUCCAACCAUUUAAAACUUGCCUGUAAGCCACAGUUUAUCUUCAGUCGAGAAAAUGGGGUCCUUCUUGAUAAAAUAGACUAUAUUUGUUCUUUCCAAGUUUGUUUUCUUAUGCCUACUUUAGGCUCAACUGAGUAAAGACAACCAGAAACCUUGUUAUUUUCUCCUAAAGCCUCUUUAGUGGCACUUAUUAUGCAAAGGAGAUUAGGUGAAAUACAGUUAGCAUUUAUCUGGGUUCCACAUCAACAGAUUGAAUAUUUAUGGGAAAAAAAUAUCUAUUGAACAUGUAGAGACUUUUUUUCUUGUCAUUAUUCCCAAAAUGAUAACAAUAUAACAACUGUUUACACUGUAUUAGAUAAAGUAACCUAGAGAUGAUUUGAAAUAUAUAGAAGGUACAUAAAUUAUAUGCAGACUGCCAUUUUAUGAGAGAGAUUUGAGCAUACAUGAAAUUUCAUAUCCACAGAGGGUCCUUGAACUAGUGCUGCACUGAUAACUGAGGCAUGACUGUAUUUCACUUAAAAUUGAAAAAGCUCUGUGAGACAGGACUAACUACUGUCCCCAUUUAACAGAUGAAAAAGUUAAGCUUAUGAUCUACCUAUAUCAGUUAAUGACAAAAGGGAUUUGAAUCUAGGUUAUAAUCACUACUUUGUUCUUUAUUUCUUGACCUGUGCUAUUAAAAAACAGUCGCCAGGGAGGCUCCUACUAAAGGCCCAGAACUCUUAUGUAUAGCAGUUGUUUUUAAAUAAAUUUAUAUUGAAUCUAAA